AUGAAUGUUGAUGCAAGUUUGAUUAGUGCACUCGUAGAGCGUUCACGACUCGAGACGUCGACCUUCCACUUGUCGUUUGGUGAUGUCAUCGUAGCGAUCGAUGGAUGGGUUCCUAAUGAACUUUCCGGCGGUGUUGUUAGGAUUGUUUGGUUGAGGGAUGAAUUCCGUCAUCUCCCGGAAAAUGCAUCACAUGAUACUAAAGAGCAGUUUGCACGAGCUUAUGCUCUAUCUCUAAUGGGAGGUGUACUGUUCGCGGAUCGGUUUGGAGUUACGCUGCAUCUGCGGUGCCUACUUUUGGUGGAGGAUUGGCAGAGAGCUGGACAGUUCGCUUGGGGAGCAACUGUUUUAUCCUACCUGUACCGUGAGAUGGGUAGGUCGGUUUUGCACAUUUUUCAUUCCUCCUCUUCCCUAGGAGGUGACCUUGCUGGAUGGGUCCCCCCUACUGCAGUUUUGCGGAGGACGCAACCCCACAUGGUGCUCGAUGGCUUCCGGCCAACACUCUGGCAAUCCUACGUUGAGAGAGCACAGCAUCUCAGAGGUAGUGUGAUCCAGUCUGAGACGUUUUGGGCAGUAGUUCCACUAAUCUCCUUUUCAGCAGUGAUUUGGCAUCAUCCAGACCGCGUGCACCGGCAGUUUGGCAUGAUGUAG